GAGCCAGCAGCCGAUCUCCGAUCCCUGUCCUGUCUCCCCCACCGAUCGAUCCGAGGUUGCUCCAUCGGAGAAUGGCGCGGUGAUCAUCAAAUCGUGUUCCGAUGGCGGCCAGGCCGGGAGCAGGCGGGCGCGUGCGGUUCAACGUGGGCGGGCAGGCGUUCGAGACCACCACCACCACGCUCGCCAACGCCGGCCGCGACUCCAUGCUCGGCGCGCUGCUCGACUCCUCCUGGAACGCGCCCGAAUCGACCCCGGAAGCGCCGGCGGCGGCCACGGAGUACUUCAUCGACCGCAACCCGGCCUGCUUCGCGGUGCUGCUGGACCUGCUCCGCACGGGCAGCCUGCACGUCCCGCCGCACCUCCCGGAGAAGCUGCUCUACCGGGAGGCGCUCUACUACGGCCUGCUCGACCACGUCCGCGCCGCGCGCUGGGGCGCCUUCGACGGCGACCGCCUCCGCCUCGCCUCCUCCGUGCCCGGCCGCGCCCCGGGCGACGGCACGGCCAUCCGCGCCGCCCCCGACGGCGGCUGCUGCGUCGCGCACGGCGGCGCCGUGCACGUCUACAACUGGAUGCUCGACGAGCGCCGCCCCGUGUCCCUCGACCACUCGCAGGUCAACGACGUGGCCUACCUCGACGCGGCCACGCUCCUCAUCGCGGCCCGCGAGCGGCUCGGCAAGUGCGACGGCGGGAUGGCCGCCUUCUCCGCGGUGUCCGGGGACCUCCGCCACCGCUUCCGCGUCGCCCACGGCAGCGAGCCCAAGUCCUUCACCGCCGGCGCGCUGGCCUUCGACGCGCACGGCGCCCCCAGGAUCUUCGCGAGCUGCAAGGGCCGCCUCAACGAGUACGGGGUGGGCGUGUGGGACGCCGCCACGGGCGAGCAGGCGGACUUCUUCUACGAGCCGCCGGGGGUCGCGCUGGGCGACGCCGACCGGCUGCAGUGGCUGGACGCCACCGGCGCGCUCAUGGUGGCCACGCUGUUCCCCAAGACGGACACCUGCUCCAUCGGGCUGCUGGACUUCCGGGCCAAGGGCGUGGCGUGGGCCUGGUCCGACGCCGGCACGGCCGCGUCGCUCGAGGACAAGCGCGUGCUCCACGCCAUCGCCAUGGACGACGAGCGCUCCGUCUGCGUCAUCAACCAGUACGACGACCUCGGCUUCCUCGACCUGCGCAGCGCGCCCGGCAGCGGCGGCGUGCGAUGGAGCUCCCGGAGCAAGCUCAUGAACCGCAAGGCCACCGGCGAGGAGAGCUGCUACCCGAAGCUCGCCACGCACGGAGGCCAGCUCUUCUCCUCCAUGAACGACAGCGUCUCCGUCUUCAGCGGGCCCGACCACGUGCUCACGUCCACGCUCAGGCGCAGCUACGGCGGCGCCAUCUGCGACUUCUCCAUCGGGGGAGACCGCCUCUUCGCCCUCCACAACGAGGAGAACGUGUUCGACGUCUGGGAGACGCCGCCGCCGCCAAUCAUCUGAUCGCCCGCUCCGAUCUGCUCUGCUCGCCGUGACUUGCUCUGGACACUUCUCGUGCCUUUCGCUUGUUCUUGCGUGUCGCAACUGCUCACUCAACAGAAAGAAACAGUAUACAGUAUUCAGGAGGGAAUAGUUUCACCAACUGAUGGUUACUCAUCUCUAGCUUUUCAUCGUAACCACUACUAGAGUGUA